CCCGGACCCGCCCCGCCCUGCCCCCCAGCGCCCCGACCCAGCCCGGGCGGGUGAGAAAGCGAGUGGGCGCGGAGCUGGGGCGAGAGGCGGAGCGCGCCCCAAGUCCUGCUCGGCCGGCCGCAGAGUCGCUCGCCCUCCUCCGGAGUCACACUGCUCCUUGCCUUUCCGAGACGUCAAGGGGAAGCCCGAGGCCGCCGGCGGAUCCGGAGGGAAGCGCUGCUGACUUGCACCAACUUGCAAUCGCCGCGUCCGCCGAGAACCCAGAUUAGAAAGGAAGGUUGGCGGACUUGCGGAGGGCAGAGGAUGAUCUGGUGACGGACCAUUCAAAACCUCAUCCGUAGACCCCUCCCAGACCGCCAUGAGUCAGCCACCAACGGGGGGCGCUGGCCCUGCUGCAGCCACAGCUUCUGCCGCCAGCUCUGCCACGGAGGCUCGACUGCACCCAGAGGGCAGCAGCCGAAAACAGCAGCGUGCUCAAUCACCUGCCAGACUCAGGGACAAUUCGGCCCGACAGACGACCGCGACCACCCGGUCCCCCGUGGGGGCCGGCACGAAGCUCAAUUCUGUUCGGCAGCUGCAGCUGCAACAGCAGCAGCAGCAGCAGCAGCAGCAGCAGCAGGGCAGCAAGCCCGGGAGCCGCUCUGGGCCUCCGCCCGGCGGCCGAGGAGGAGGAGGAGGAGGAGGAGGAGGAGGAGGCGGGGCGGAGAAGGCUGCGCCCCUGGCGCCCAAAGGGGCCGCGCCGGGAGCUGUCCACCCCGCGCCUGGUGCUGAAGCGGCCCCCGCGGCGACCCUGGCCCCGGUGGGCGGCAGGAGGCCUGGCCCGUCGGAGGAGCCAUCCCGGGAGCUAGAGCCCGUGUCCGCGAGACUCGGGGAACCCCCUCCGCUCGGGGAAGGAGGAGGAGGGGGUGCGGAAGGAGGAGGAGCCGGCGGCGGCUCCGGGGAGAGGGAGGGGGGCGCUCCGCAGCCGCCGCCGCCCAGGGGCUGGCGAGGGCGCGGCGUGCGCGCUCAGCAGAGGGGCGCCGGCGGCGGGGAGGGGGCCCCCCCUUCUCCAUCCGCGUCCGCGGGCAGAGCCGCGGGCCCCGGCGGCAGGAACCCCGGAAGCGGGGCAGUGGGGGGCGGCGGCGGCGGGGGGGGCUACUGGAAGGAAGGAUGCCUGCAGUCUGAGCUCAUCCAGUUCCAUCUCAAGAAGGAGCGGGCGGCGGCGGCGGCGGCGGCGGCCAAGAACGGCGGCCGCGGCUCCCCGGGGGCCGGCGCCCCUGCCCCUUGCGAGCCUCCCGCCGCCCCCGCCGUGUCCCCGAUGGCGGCGGCCGCCGAGGGCCCCCAGCAGAGCGCCGAGGGCAGCGCCGGCGGAGGGGGCAUGCAGGCGGCCGCGCCUCCGGCGUCGCAGCCGCACCCGCAGCAGCUCCAGGAGCAGGAGGAGAUGCAGGAGGAGAUGGAGAAGCUGCGGGAGGAGAACGAGACUCUCAAGAACGAGAUCGACGAGCUGAGGACCGAGAUGGACGAGAUGAGGGACACUUUCUUCGAGGAGGAUGCCUGUCAACUGCAGGAAAUGCGCCACGAGUUGGAGAGAGCCAACAAAAACUGCCGGAUCCUGCAGUACCGCCUCCGCAAAGCCGAGCGCAAAAGGCUCCGCUACGCGCAGACCGGGGAGAUCGACGGGGAGCUGUUGCGCAGCCUGGAGCAGGACCUCAAGGUUGCAAAGGAUGUAUCUGUGAGACUUCACCAUGAAUUGGAAAAUGUGGAGGAAAAAAGAACAACAACAGAAGAUGAAAAUGAAAAACUGAGGCAACAGCUCAUAGAAGUUGAGAUUGCAAAGCAAGCUUUACAGAAUGAACUGGAAAAAAUGAAGGAGCUAUCCUUAAAAAGAAGAGGAAGCAAAGAUUUGCCAAAAUCUGAAAAAAAGACUCAACAGACUCCCACAGAGGAGGACAACGAAGACCUCAAGUGCCAGCUGCAGUUCGUGAAGGAAGAGGCCGCUCUGAUGAGAAAGAAAAUGGCCAAGAUCGACAAGGAGAAGGACAGGUUCGAACACGAGCUCCAGAAGUACAGGUCGUUCUACGGGGACCUGGACAGCCCCCUGCCCAAGGGCGAGGCGGGGGGCCCUCCGAGCACCAGGGAGGCCGAGCUCAAGCUGCGCCUGCGGCUGGUGGAGGAGGAGGCCAACAUCCUGGGCCGCAAGAUCGUGGAGCUGGAGGUGGAGAACCGAGGCCUCAAGGCCGAGCUGGACGACCUGCGCGGCGACGACUUCGGCGGCUCCGCCAACCCGCUGAUGCGCGAGCAGAGCGAGUCCCUGUCGGAGCUGCGGCAGCACCUGCAGCUGGUGGAGGACGAGACGGAGCUGCUGCGGCGCAACGUGGCCGACCUGGAGGAGCAGAACCAGCGCAUCACGGCCGAGCUCGCCAAGUACAAGUACAAGUCAGGCGGCCACGACAGCGCGCGCCACCACGACAGCGCCAAGAGCGAGGCGCUGCAGGAGGAGCUCAAGGCCGCGCGGCUGCAGAUCAACGAGCUCAGCGGCAAGGUCAUGCAGCUGCAGUACGAGAACCGCGUGCUCAUGUCCAACAUGCAGCGCUACGACCUGGCCUCGCACCUGGGCAUCCGCGGCAGCCCGCGCGACAGCGACGCCGAGAGCGACGCGGGCAAGAAGGAGAGCGACGACGACUCGCGGCCGCCGCACCGCAAGCGCGAGGGGCCCAUCGGCGGCGAGAGCGACUCGGAGGAGGUGCGCAACAUGCGCUGCCUGACGCCCACGCGCUCCCUCUACGCCGCGCCCGCCUGGCCCAAGGGCUUCUCCGACCGCCAGCACCUCAAGGACAUCCGCUCCGAGGCCGAGCGCCUGGGCAAGACCAUCGACCGGCUCAUCGCCGACACGAGCACCAUCAUCACCGAGGCGCGCAUCUACGUGGCCAACGGGGACCUGUUCGGGCUGAUGGACGAGGAGGACGACGGCAGCCGCAUCCGCGAACACGAGCUGCUCUACCGCAUCAACGCGCAGAUGAAAGCCUUCCGCAAGGAGCUGCAGACCUUCAUCGACCGCCUCGAGGUGCCCAAGGCGGCGGACGAGCGCGGCGCCGAGGAGCCCAUAUCCGUGAGUCAGAUGUUCCAGCCUAUCAUUUUACUUAUUCUCAUUCUUGUAUUAUUUUCAUCACUUUCUUACACAACAAUAUUUAAACUUGUCUUCCUUUUUACACUGUUUUUUGUGCUGUAAGUCUCUCAU